UCGUUCCUUGUGCUUCCUAUCGAUCGAACAUCUUUGGGACCAUUUUCGAAGAGAACAUCUUCGAUUUGCUCAACACCUCCUUUUUUCAUCCCUCAGAGUGAUUCGUUCAAAAUUUCAGAAUGCGUGAAAUCGUACAUAUUCAAGCUGGCCAAUGUGGCAAUCAAAUUGGCGCCAAGUUUUGGGAAGUUAUCUCCGACGAACAUGGUAUCGAUAACACAGGAACUUAUCAUGGAGAUUCGGAUUUACAAUUGGAACGAAUCAACGUGUACUACAACGAGGCUUCCGGCCCGAAAUACGUACCUCGAGGGAUUUUAGUCGACCUUGAACCUGGUACAAUGGACUCUGUACGUUCCGGCCCGUUUGGACAGAUCUUCAGACCGGACAACUUUGUUUUUGGCCAAUCAGGAGCUGGAAACAAUUGGGCCAAGGGUCAUUACACCGAAGGAGCAGAAUUGGUAGAUUCUGUCUUGGACGUAGUAAGAAAAGAAGCAGAAAGUUGCGACUGUCUUCAAGGUUUUCAACUGACACACUCUUUGGGUGGAGGUACCGGAUCAGGCAUGGGCACUCUUUUGAUAUCGAAAAUCCGCGAAGAAUAUCCUGAUAGGAUAAUGACCACUUUUUCUGUGGUACCAUCGCCUAAAGUCUCUGACACCGUCGUCGAGCCCUACAAUGCUACAUUAUCCGUUCAUCAACUCGUUGAAAACACUGAUCAAGCUUACUGCAUCGACAACGAGGCACUCUACGACAUCUGCUUCCGUACUUUGAAACUAACUACACCUACUUACGGUGAUCUAAAUCAUCUGGUGUCUGCCACGAUGUCCGGUGUGACUACUUGCUUGAGAUUCCCAGGACAAUUGAAUGCUGAUCUGAGAAAACUGGCCGUCAACAUGGUACCCUUUCCACGUCUUCACUUUUUCAUGCCAGGUUUUGCACCUUUGACGUCUCGAAGUAAUCAGCAAUACAGAGCCUUGACCGUACCUGAGUUGACUCAGCAAAUGUUCGACUCGAAGAAUAUGAUGGCUGCCUGUGAUCCUAGACACGGAAGAUAUCUCACUGUUGCUGCUGUUUUUCGUGGUAGAAUGUCGAUGAAAGAAGUGGACGAACAAAUGCUUAAUAUUCAAAAUAAAAAUAGUUCCUAUUUUGUGGAAUGGAUUCCGAAUAAUGUAAAAACAGCUGUAUGUGAUAUUCCACCACGUGGCCUUAAAAUGUCAGCGACUUUUAUUGGAAAUUCCACUGCCAUUCAAGAACUUUUCAAAAGGAUCUCAGAGCAGUUUACGGCGAUGUUUAGAAGGAAGGCUUUUCUUCAUUGGUAUACCGGUGAAGGAAUGGAUGAAAUGGAGUUCACCGAAGCAGAGUCGAACAUGAAUGAUUUGGUAUCCGAAUACCAACAAUAUCAAGAAGCUACGGCUGAAGACGAAGGUGAAUACGACGAGGAGGAGGAAAUCGAAGAUAAAUAA